AUGAAGGUGACAGGCUACAACCAACAAAGAAAACACUCAAAGUUUGAAAACAUUCUUUCAGUAUGGAAAUCAAAACUUGGGUAUCCUUUGUCCGAAGUCUCUAAUUUUAUGACUGUUCGGAAGGCCCAUGAUGAUGUGCAAACUACUCUUGAUAGGUGGAUGGCCAAUUUAGAGUCCUUAUGGAAUUCACAAGAAAGGUUUCCGUCUUUUAACAGUGUUCAGAAAAACAGGGUGAAACAGAAUCGCUUGUCUGCAUUUUUAUACAAUAUAUCAAUGUAUCUGCAGAGUCAAGAUUCUCAAGAAGAGGAUGUUGAAACCUGGGAAAAUCUUGUCCACCAGUUCUUAAAGGUUCCUGCAGUCAAGACGCCAACUCUUCCUCUUCUCAACAUGCAGGACUUCUUUGUGUCUCUGAGAGGAAGUCAAAACUGGGCUGCUCUUCUAACCUUCAUGCAGACUAUUAUAAGAGCACUUAGCAGCAGCCAUACUGCUCUACGCCUUUUAGGACAGAACUGGGAAAUACUUAGUAGGCUCAUGGAUACCUUAUUCCAAGCUUUGAUCAGUGGAACCUUGACCCAGACCAGUACAACACUUCAAGGAGUCUUAUGCUCUCUCAUGGGUCACAAUAACUGUGCCUUUGGCCCAGACCAACUUAAUAAACUUAUGUUUCCCUUUGAAAUCUCUAACUGGCGCCCAUUAGUCAGCUUCCAGUCAGGAAGCUCUGUUGCAGCUCAUGGGAAAUACAGACCAUUUAGCAUUCCCUCUGGAGUUUUCAAAGACAAAACUGGAAACAACAGCAAACUCAACUCUGGUUUGAAUCAGGCUGAAAUGCAAAAUGUCCUUGAGAUUUUCUAUCGUUCCAAGGAAAGAGAAAAAGGAAUGAAAGAUUCUGGAUCAGAGGAAGUUGUUUGGGAAGUGCUAGAAGAUUUACGUCAAAACCUAAUGAAACGAAUGGAGCGAUCUGUUUAUGACACGUUAAGUAGGAAAGUCUCACGCAUGACUGGCACUUUGAUGAAUAGGGUGUCUUCAAUCAUUGGUACUCCCCACUCUGACCAGAAUGGAAAGUGUUCUAUAGGUAACUUGCAGCAACUGAUCUUGUGGGGUAUAAAGCAUAACUUGACCUGGAAUAUCCAGUCUUUUGGUUUUACUUCCACAACAUUCCCAUCUGCCCCACCAAUCCUGGCAUGUAGUAAAGUUACUGGGCAAAAUGAAAGAAAAACUCAUAAUAUCACAAAAAGAUCGGAAGCUGAUUUUGUGGAGGAAAUACCACCAUAUUCAGAAGUUCUGGAAGCCGUCUGCAAUGAUACCAUCCCGGGACUGCCAGGUGUUUCCAACUUUACAGUCUUUCUCUAUUGCAAUGUUUACAAUGACACUGGCUAUUCCCUUGAGUCCACCUAUGAUCUAAAGACAGCAUGUUCAGAUGCCGCUUGGUAUUUGUCGUCGAUGGAAGAAGACUCAUUUUGGGUGUGGGUUUGCAGAGAAUAUUUCCCAGCAGAGUUCAAUAUCACUAUAUGCAAGAACUCAUCAUUUUCCAAACUGACUGAGAACCCACCUUUGAUUAGUGAGCUCUGCCACAGUGCCUAUAAUAGUUCUGACAUUGUCAGAGCAUUAAGGAACCUUAGAAAGUGUUCUGAUAUGUGGCAAGGACUAUCUAUGAAUCCAAAAGGUUUGAAAACUUGCCUGUUGGAAAAUAAGACAAUUUGGAUGGAUACCCUAUGCAGCAAUGAAACCUUGUCAGGCAUGUCAGAAGCUAGUAGGGCUUGGGUGUCUAAACUUUGCCAUCGCCAAACAUCAAAAAUAAACAUGCUCAAUUCAUCCUGCAAUUACAGGAAAUGGGAUGAAAGCAUGUUUAGAAAUGCUACCAUGAUGGAAGAGUGCAGAGGGAUAAAUAUCCAGGAAUUUGGAGAUAUUGUAUGCAGAGAUAGUGCAUUAUAUAGCACUUUAAGACCCAUUCAUUCCUGGGUUGCGAAAUACUGCACAGAAUAUUGGACAAUUACUCCAGAAGAGGGAAAGUGCUUUCUUCAGAAAAUAGUAGAUAUGCUUCCUCUUUCCUCAAAUUUUGAUGUGUCCCAGCUCUGCAGAAGUCCUGUCUCCUACACCAUAGGACUAGUCUCUCAGCUCUCCCAAUGUGACAGUGAGUCCACUGGUUGGGCUCAAAACCUACAAUAUCUUCUGAAGAUUCUGGAUUUUCUGUUCACCCUUUCUGACCUGGAUCAGAUAGGUAAGGAAACAAGGGAUAGACUGGGAGAGGCCAUCCUCCUUUCUAGCUUACUGGAUAAUGGCUCUCUUUGGGCUUCUUUCAAGAUGAAUUCUACACUCAGUAUCCUUCAGACUGUGGAGUGGUACCUGGAACAAAACAAUGACGCCUCUGACAAGGAAGAUCUCCUGAGCUGCUUCAGUCCUGUGCUGUGGGAACUUAUGCAGAACGAAGAAAAUGCCUCAUCUUUUGAGAUUCUUCUGCAGGAAUAUCUACAGAUGCCUCGAGGAGGGUUCCAGAAGGUUCUAAUGUCAGCCGAGAAUGAGGCAGUGGAACGAUUCCUUUCCUUGAUGCACCGAUCUUGGCCUCGAAUUCAAGUCUCUCUACCCGAUGAGAAAGGUUUGGAGACCCUCACCUCCAUGAUGAUCCAGAAAUUCCCUCGACUGACCCCCCAGAUAUUUGUAGACUUAUCCCAGUUUAUUCCAUUUAUGUCCGUCUCUGACAUCAUCAGCUUCCCUCUGUCCCUGCUGGCCAAUCAGAGUGUAUUAGAUGCAAUCAGGAUCCACAGCCCGGAUAUGAAGAUCACACAGAAACGGGCCUUUGCAAGAAGACUCCUGCAGGUUGACCUGUUUGGUGAUAUUCCUUUAUGGCCUCCAUACUUUCUGAGAUCUAUCCAGCCUAUACUCCCGUAUCUGCCCAUCUGUCACUUUGUAAAGUUAACACCUGAGCAGAUUAAAUUGCUGGCAGAUGGCUGGAAAGACGUAAAGCUUGAUAUGGUUCAUGGCCGCUAUGUGGCACAAAGUCUUAUGAACAGAGACAGAGACGAAACAACGGAACAGAUUCAGAGGCUUGGUAGCCUCAUCUGUUACUUGACAUAUGAGGAUCUUCACAGUUAUCUCCAACUUCAAUACCCACUUGGAAGCCUGGAGAAAAAUCUGCUUGAGUGCAUUUCAAACAGGACUUUAUCCCCCCGUGGACGGCUGGCCUACUCCUUAGUGGAUGUACUAAAGAAGGUCAAUCUACACGGACUUGGUCUGACCGAAAUAAUGAGCUGGAAACGUCUACUUUCUGAAAUGGGAGUGGAUUUCUUCCAAAAGCUUGAAGGUUCCCAGUUGUCUGGUCUUCUCCAAAAAGUAGAAGCUGCAGAAAUAUCUCCUGCCCAGGCUUUGGCAGUGAUGAAAUACAUCACCCCAAAAAACAAUGUUGCAGAACUUGUGAUUUGCAGUUUCCAUUCACUGAUUCCAGUUCUGAGUCCAGAAAUCCUUCGUUCUCUCUCUGCUUCUGUUCUUACAAGAGCCUGCCAAUGUCUGGGACCUUCCCUUCCUCUGCUGUCAGCCGCACAGAAGGCAGCCAUAAUGCAGAACCUCCGGCAAUAUUCCUAUGAACAAGAACGCUGGUCUGUGCAGUUGGCUUGCCUGCUUCCAUUUGCCCCUCUAAAACUUUUGCACCUUGAUACGCAGACACUGCUGAAGAACAUUAGUCUAUACGGAGAACUGGAAUGGAUGCCACAACAGACCCAGUUCCUAUGGCGGAAGAUUCAAGCUGGAGCUAAUCUAACCAAGAACACUAUUCUCACCCUUGGCAGUCUUGCAAAUGGGAUCCAGUGUGAUACCCUACAGCAACUAAACACUCUGUCCGAAAUCAGAGAUGUUGUGAAAUACCUGCAUGGAAUACCCUGCGGUCUGCGUAAAAGCCUGAGGAAGUGCAUUUUGGAGGAAAUUCAGAGGCGGCCUGGGCUGUCAUGGGAAGACACAGCGUGGAUGGGACCUGAAUUUGUUACUGACUUGCCUGUGAAAUUAAUUGACAGACUUUCCAAUGACUCGGUGAAGCUGUUCUUGGAACAUGCCCAUAAAUAUCCCAAGGUCUUCCUGGAGCUUCUUCCUCACAAGAAGGCUGCUUUGGUGGAAAAAGCGCUCCGUGUCUUGCAAAUUCCCGAACAUGGAGAGAUAUUGGUGGAAGACUUAGAGCUCCUGGGACCUUUGGUUGGCUAUAUUGGAGAAGAGCACAUCUCACAAAUUAAUAGGAGGCAUCUAUUGUUACACUUGGAUGAAUUAAAAACAUACUGCUUUUCCGAGGAAUUUAUAGGGAAACUUGGGAAGAUCUUAACAGAAGAAGAUAUGUUGGGGAAUCCACUGUACUGGACUAAGAAGGAUAUAGUGCAUAUGGGAAGGUUGUUAUUCUUCUUACCAACACAAUAUAUUCAUUCACUCCCCAAGAAUGUGUUGGGUCAAGAUACUCUUGAAUGGCUUCUGGAGAGCCAGAGGGUGUGGGAGGAAGAUGAAAUUGGACGUAUCUGCAUGAAGGAAAACACAAGCCUUAUGGACAGGAUGAGGAGAAACAGACUGAUACUGACCUCAGCCAUAACAAAGAGCAUCUAUAGAGGUACUCGAGUGAGUAUGGUAGUUGUUUCCACAGAACCUGUCCCAAGCUGUGCAGACAUGAGAGUAACGUUACCCUCUGCGUGGAGCCCUUCUCAGAUUAGUGGGAUGACGCUGCCUGACUUCGAAGACUGCCUGAGCUUAAUAAGUGAAGAUAUGGAUCUCACGCCUCAUCAGGCAAAAGCUGUGCUGGCAAAAAUAAAGCAGCUCUUUGGCCCAAUUAAAACAAUAAGUCCGGUACAAAUCCUGCAGAUGGGCUAUCUAACUAGCUACAUGAGUGAGAAGGACCUCCAUGAGAUUCAGAUUCCAGAUUGGGGAGUUGUAUCUUUCCUGGGCAGGAUGGAGAGUUGGACCGUAAAACAGAUGAAGGCAUUAGUGACAAACAUUCUCAGGCAGAACAGAAAGGGCACUUCUGAUCUGGAUCUGAUGGAGAUUUCAGCUCUUGGACACCUUCUCUGUGGUUUGGGCGUGGAGGAACUCAAGAGAAUAAACAAACAGGAAUUCAGCCAGGCAGCCGUGUUCGUGGGUACUCUGAAACUGAAAUGUUCUGAGGCUCAGAUGGAAACGCUGGCUGAACUCUUAACAUCCCAUAUGGGGUUUGGAACAGUUAGUAGAUGGGCCCCUGAGAUCUUUAUGGAGGUUGGAACACUGUCAGCUGGCCUUCCAGACAUUGUCCUGUCUUCCCUGAUAAGAGACCAGAUUCAAGGAUUGACUCCCGAUGCCAUCACCCUUAUUCCAGCACCAAAGUUUUCUGUGGUCUUCAGUCCGGCUCAGCUUUCCUUCUUCACCAGUGACCAGGCCACAGCGGUGACACUGGAACAAUAUCAUCAUCUCAGCUACCAGCAAAGACAGGCCAUCUCUAGUGCACAGUAUGAGGGAGAAAUUCAUCAGGAUCCCAGGGGUGAAAACAGCGUGGGAUCAAUAGUACCUUCCAAUCCCGCUUUCCACCUCUUGGCAGCACUAUUGUUCCUGAUUUAAACUCCAUUUUCAGGCCUAC